UCAGAAACAGUGAACAGUAGGGAAUUGCGUCGCAUCGCUUUCUUCGAUCCGAAAGCAUACACCUGAAAAAACAUGAAUUCUGGUGGGUACGCUGUAGAAGUUACUGGUCUCUCACCCGAAGCCACCGACAAGGAUGUCCGUGACUUUUUUUCUUUCUCUGGUUCCAUUGAGCAUGUCGAAAUUAUCAGGUCUGGUGAUUAUGCUUGUACUGCUUAUGUGACGUUCAAAGAUGCAUAUUCUCAAGAAACUGCAUGCUUGCUCAGUGGAGCCACUAUUUUAGAUCAACGUGUAUGCAUAACACGCUGGGGCCAGCAUGAAGAUGAAUUUAAUUUUUGGAACCAGCCCUCCUAUAGUCAUGAGGAGGAUACUGCUUCAACUACACAACAAAGCAGUCAAUUUGUUUCUUCUGCUGGAGAAGCAGUUACUAUGACUCAAGAAGUCGUCAAGACCAUGCUAGCAAGGGGAUAUGUUCUCAGUAAGGAUGCAUUAGCUAAGGCUAAAGACUUUGACGAGUCUCAUCAGGUUUCUGCCUCUGCAACAGCGAAGGUUUCUGAACUGAGCCAGAGAAUUGGCCUCACUGAUAAGAUCUGUGCAGGUGUUGAGGCUGUUAAAUCUGUCGAUCAAAAAUAUAAUGUCUCUGAAACAACCAAGGCAGCUGCAUCCGCAACAGGAAGAUCAGUAGCAGCUGCUGCAAACUCUGUUAUGAAUAGUAGCUAUUUUUCAAAGGGAGCCAUGUGGGUAUCAGGUGCUCUAUCCCGAGCAGCUCAAGCUGCUUCUGAUUUGGGUACCCGCGGUGAUAGGAAGUAAGGCACUGAAAUAAUUCAACUCUAUCUUGUAUAUCUGUCUGCCUCUGUUAAAUAGCUUUUGUAACUAUAUACUUUUCUACUUUUACUGUUCCUAGUGUUUGUAAUUAUGUAUAUAUGUAGUGUAUACCAGGACUGGGUUGAACAAUGGAACCUUCGCUGGUUAUACUACUGUAUUUUGAUCCUAACUUUGCAGUACCACGCUAAGGUAGACAGCAAGGGAUGGAAAUAUUUAUGAUUUGUUAGGAUAACAGGAUAGAAUAUACAACACCACAACAAAGUGUAUUAUUACCUCAUUCUGAUUAUUAGAGUAAUAUUGC